GCCGUGCGAUUCCAUCGGUUCGGUGUUUUUACGAAUAAUGAAUUUAAGUAGAUGGCGAUAGCGUUGAUACGAUACGAAUCAUGAAUUAUUCGUCUACCGGCAAGAGGGAGCAGUGCUUUCGAGAAAUAUGGCUACGUUCGUAACUGGUGUUUCCAAUUUUUUCAAUAUAUUUUCACAAAGCUCAAAAUCGUUAGGGCGCGAUUUUCAGCAAAUACGCAAUUAUGUUGGCUGCAGAAUGAGACGCGAUGCUAAACGUAGGAAAAUGGCAGGACAAUAUGCGGAAGAAAGAUUGAGAUUGGUUGCAAUGAAGCGAAAUGAUAUUUUACCUAUUGAAAUUAGAGAUCUUGUUGAGAAAGAAAUACAAGAAAAGAUUCCUAGACAGACUGCAUUGAGACAAUUGACUUUUCGGUGUGUAGUAACGUCGCGACCUAGAGGUGUCGUACACAGAUGGAGAUUCUCAAGGAUAGUGUUCCGUAGCUUAGCGGAUUAUAAUAAAUUAGCCGGUAUACAACGAGCUAUGUGGUAGGACACGAAAUGUACUUCGAUAAUAAAGAAGAAAUUUGAUCUUCGUUUCUUCUCUCGUGUAUGUUAGUAUUAUAUCAUUUUAUAUAUGCGUAGAUUAAAUUGUAAAAAGUGCAAAAUACAAAAAAAGAUCUUAA